AUGGAAGAAUUACUGGCGUCCGCUCGACCAGUUCGAAGAUCAACGGGAGUCAAGGUGAUCAAGCUCGAAUCCUCCUGUCCUGUAGCACAACUCUGUUUCGCAUCAUCUCUGCAAUCGUUGUCAAUCGUUCGAAGUCCUAUAAGGACCGUUACGGACCAUGCACGAUAUAUGCUCUCGCUACUAGAUAGAAUUAUUGAUGCAGCUCAGGAUCUUGAAGAAAUUCGUGAAGUUGGUGCACGACAUGUGAUUCUAAAACAAGGAUGUGGUCUGGGGCCUGCUGAACUUGACAAAUUUCAGGAGAUUUUUGUAGAGGUGAUACUGAAACAAGAUGGAGUACGACAAAGUAAAGAGGCAAGUCGUGCUUGGCGUAUCCUCAUUUGUGCGUUUGUGGAUCUGUUUCGCGAUGGUUUCGAGAUGCAGCUUCGUCAAUUCAGGCGGAAACAUUCAUUCAAUGCCCACACGCAAUAUUUUGAGAAUAUCGAAAGGAGCCCAAGAAAUCCAGAGAUUUCUUCUGAGUUGACACUUACGUACGCGAUCAAAAAUAGUAGAGCUGUACACGAGGUUGUUAUAGUUCUUUAUUCGUGGCUAACGUUUCGGCAAUAUCGCCUUCUUCAGAGCCUGAAAGGGGUGAAAUCGAACGUGACUAAUCCGAUCAAACGCCUUAUCCGCCCAACAAAGAAAGUCCUACGUUAA